CUUUUCAAAGUUGGAACUAAUCAAAAACUAUUUGGGCACCUCCAAGUCACAGGAAAGACUGUGUGGGCUUGCCCUGCUAUCAGUUGAAAAGGUCAUUGUAUCCAAAUUGGAUUAUGGAGAUCUUCUUGCUGAGUUUGCGGCCAAGAAGGCAAGGAAAGUGACUCUAACAUGAUCAGUGUCUGCGCAAUUUACGCAUGUUUGCGCCUUGCCAGUCCUUGAGGACCUGACACGUCCCCUUAAGAGCGGCUUACCGGCAAACUAAGAAGUAACGCAGGAUUGAGUUUUUAUACCGUUAAAGAAUGAAGAAAUCUGAGGCAAGAGAAGAGGGGAGGCCCCCGGAGGUGGUCCUCAAUAUACAAGAACAAGAAGCUUCCACUGAUGAGCAGCAGCAGCAGCAGCCCUACCCAGCCCUGGCUCCUGUCGUUUUUCGCUGCCUUGAACAGACCUCAAAACUUCGAAGGUGGUGUCUCCAAAUGGCCCAUAGCACUUGGUUGGAGUACUUGUCCAUACUGAUGGUCCUGUUUAGCUGUGUGAUUCUGUGCAUGAACAAACCCUAUGAAGAGCAACGCACCUACCUGAAGAUUUUGGAUUCUGUUGUCUUUGCAUUCUUCAUCGUGGAAAUGGUCAUCAAGAUGCUGGCCCUGGGGGUUGUUGGCUAUUUUGGCAACAACUGGAACACGUUGGAUUUCCUCAUCAACUUUGGAGAAGUGUUGGACUUCAUCCUGGCACGCUUCAGCCUCCGCUGGAAAGUUUUCCAAGCUUUCCGGCCGAUGCGAAUGUUUGACAGAAUACAAAUUCUGCGAGUCCUGGUAAUAGUGCUCAUAGACACCCUGCCUAUGCUUGGUCAUGUUCUCCUCAUCAAAAUCCUGGUCAUUUUCAUCUUCUCCGUUGUGGGAAUACAGAUGUGGGCGGGUCAUCUACACAACCGCUGCUUUCUGGGAGAAGACAUUCCUACAACGUACAACGUUUCCCUGAGACCAUACUAUAUUUCAAGUUGGUCAGAGUACUCCUUCAUCUGUUCGCCUGACAACGAGGAUGGGAUGCAGCGCUGCAGUCAUGUCCCACCUUACAGUGUGGACGGACAAAUCUGCACAUUGGAUGCUCCCCGUCACCACCACACUUCCACUGCAAAUGACUCCAGUGGCUGUAUCAACUGGAACCAGUACUACAAUGUCUGUCGGGCAGAGGGCAACAACCCUCGCAAGGGAGUCAUCUGUUUUGACAACAUUGGCUGUGCUUUGAUAACCACAGCCCAGUUGUUCACACUGGAAGGUUGGACAGAGAUCAUGUUCUAUGUGGCGGAUGCCCAUUCCAUCUGGAGUCUUCCCAUCUUCAUCGUUGCCACCAUUAUUGGCGCUCUCAUCAUGAUGAACAUGUGCGCAGUCGUCAUCGCCACCAAGUUCUCUGAGGGCAUGGAGAGAAAGACAGAGGAGCCACAGGUUGGCGCUGUUAGCACAGCAGCACUGUUUCACAAGCUCAUGGGUCACAUGCGGAGGAUCUUCUGUGGAGACAACAGAAAUACCAGCAGGGUAAUGGCAGGAGUAAUGCCUUGGGUCAGGUUUUGACACCCUGCAAGAGAAUCCUGAAAAGGACUGUCGAGAGUACUCCGUUUCAAGGCCUCAUCAUGCUUGCUGUGGUCCUCAGUACUGUUUCCUUGGUCAUAGAGCACCA